AUGGCUGUUGAACCAGCGUUUGGUAAUAAACGAAAGCGUAUGAAACUGAAGGAUGGUGAGAGAGUAGAGUAUCUGGGGUUGUUAUUUUGUUGUGGGGUUUUUGUGUCUGUUGUGUUUGUUCUCGGCGUUGUUUUGUUUGUGAGGAGUGAAGAACACGGGUUUUUGGGUUCAUGGCACUCAGGAGUCGUCACUGUUUGUAGAAAGCUUCUUCGUCAUGUAAAAUAUGAUCAUCUCCUCACUGAUGAUGGGUGUGAUAAUCUUGUAGAUUUAGUGCGUGUUUCACCGAUUGUUGAUGGCACUUGUUGUACCAAUGCAAAUCAAUGUCAUAACCGUGGAAACAUAAGGCCAUUGCCGCCUGCAUUUGAGUUUCAGGAACGGAGCCUUCCUUAUGGACUCUGUGUGGAUGCCUACUACAAGGAGGCUUGGUGGGAAGGUGUGAUAUUUGAUCACAAUGAUGGUUUCCAGGAGAGGAGGAUUUUCUUUCCUGACUUGGGGGAUGAGAUGGCAAUUGGAAUUGAUUCAUUCAGGGUUACUCAUGAUUGGAAUGAAGGUAAAGGGACUUGGCACCGUCGGGGUACCUGGUUGUUUCUUGAGUUGAUCGAGGAAUAUGAGAAAGAGUCAUAUCUUACGGUUUCAGUGAAACAAAUUUGGUAUGAUUUGCGGGGGAAGAAAGGUUUUAAGAAGGUUAAGGACUGGACCUCUUCUGUGAGAUCAUUGUGGAAAGAGUUGGUAUCAGAGGUGAUUGAUGAUAACUAUAAAAUUCUUUUAGAUAAUGUUCAAAGGGUGUUAGGCCAUCCAUUUUCCUUGGAAAAAGAAACCCAGCGACUAUUGGAAUUUGUCAGUCCUGUAGGUGAUGUUACAUUGCAUCCAGUAGAACUUGGAAAGUCGCAGGCUAUUGUGUCUGGUGAGAAGCAAGGGAACUGUGAUGGAGUAAAUGUGAAUCAUAGUAGCACACAACCUGUUCAAGAGAAGUCUGAUCAGCUUCAAUUAAUAUCUGUUUCAGAGGAUGCUGGGCCAAAUUUGAAUCUUAUGAAUGGAUCAGAUGGAUUUAGCCAUGAUAAAUCAUUGUCUGUGCUACCCCAGGCUCUGAUGGUGUUACCUUCCAAUCCAGAUAGAAGUUCAGGUAGUAGUGUGAUAAACGAUAGCAAUAAUAAAACAUUUUCUAGCAUCAAGUCCAAUAAGAUAACAGGGGAGUUUGUAAGUUCUAAGUGCAAGACAAAUUGGAUUUGGCGAUCUGCUGUUCCAGAUAUAGUUCCUGGAGCUGAGUAUUGUCCUACUGUGAUUAUCGAAUAUGCACAAACCAAUAAAAAAAGUGAUAGGAAUUCUUUGAAAACAGAUGUUAGAAAACAUCUCAUACAUCUUAAAUGGAAAAUUGAAUAUGCGAGGGAUGAAAAUGGAGCCCUCAGACACCGUUAUAUCUCUCCUGAUGGGAAGCGUCACUAUUCUCUUAGUCAGGUUUGUUUGGAUUUAGCGGAAACCACCAUGAUGUACCAAGACAACCAACAAAAUUUGCAUACUACACCUGAUGAUACACAGUCUUCACCUCCUGAACAGCCAGAAGAUUAUUGGGAUCUUGAUUAUUGCCCCAAAACUGUGGAUUCUUCCUCUUCUAAAAUUCACGUUGUCAAACCUAAAUGUAACCCUCAAGCUAUAGAGGACUGGUAUAAGUUUGAUAAUGGCAGUGACAGUCUUAAAAAGAAGGACUUGAUAUUAAAUGCUAGAAGACAUCUAGCCUACCAGGGGUGGGAAUUUAAAUAUGCGACAACAAAAAACCGUACUUUGUAUUACCAUGCCCCAGGAGGGAAACGUUACUGGUCACUUCGGAUGGCCUGCAGAGCUUAUUUAAAUGGAGCAACAGGUCUUGAGAAUAGUGCUCCUACUUGUAGAACCACAGACAAUAUUAUUUCCAGUGAGGAAGCUGAGGACCAAUCAACAAAUGGGAAAUUGUCUUGUGCAGUGAGUAAUCCACAGUUUCAGAAAAGUUUGGUGCAAUCAAAUGCUCUCUCCAAAUAUUUAUGUACUGAGUCUUCUUGUAUGUCACAGCCAAGAAAACCGACAAGGAAAAGGAGAACUAGUUCCUCCCAGUUGCUUCAAAUACAAGAUGACUUCUGUAGUACCAGCCUCCCAAAGUUCAAACGGGGAAAGGCCUCUAGAGCAUUGACCACAUUAGCAGAUGACCUGGAAGAUGGUUGCCGAACCUGUGUUCUUCGAUCAAGCAAAAGGGUGAAGAUGCCAACUUUAUCAAACCACAAUCCUCGAACUCUGCUCUCUUGGUUGAUGGAUAACAAUGUCAUUCUUCCAAGAGCAAAAGUGACUUAUCGCACUAGAAAGACACGGCGUCCAAAUGCAGAAGGGCGGAUAACUCGUGAGGGUAUCAGGUGUAAUUGUUGUGGGAAGGUUUAUACUCUUGGAGGCUUUGAAGUCCAUGCAGGCAGUACUCUACGUAGCCCAGCUAGCAAUAUCUUCUUGGAAGAUGAUGAAAGGUCAUUGUUAGAAUGCCUGCUACAAGUUCUAAGGGAUGGUAAUAUAAGAAAGUUUACAGGAGAACAAAGUCAUGAGUUGAAAGGAAGUCAUCAUGAGGGUGAGAAUGACUACAUAUGUUCCAUUUGUCACUAUGGAGGUGAACUUAUAUUAUGUGAUCGAUGCCCAUCCUCAUUCCAUAAGCAUUGCCUUGGUUUAGAGAAUGUUCCAGAUGGUGACUGGUUCUGCCCAUCAUGUUGCUGUGGAAUUUGUGGCAGCAGCAAAUUCAGAGAAGAUGCUGGAAAUUUUAUGGAUGAAAAUAUACUCAUUUGUCAUCAGUGUGAGCAUAAAUAUCACCGAGGUUGCGUACAGAAUCCAGUGGCAGCUUACUCAGGAACUCAUUCUAAAGGAAAAUGGUUUUGCAGCAGGAAGUGUGAAGAGAUAUUUUUGGGCCUCUGUCAACUUUUAGGAAAACCAAUUCCAAUAGGCAAUGAUCUAACUUGGACGCUGGUGAAGUGCAAAGAAUUUGAUAAUCAUGAACUUGAUGCUUCAAACAUUGAGGCAUUGAGCAAGCUCAAUAUUGCUCUUUGUGUAAUGCAUGAGUGUUUUGAGCCUGUGAAUGAAUUUCACACCAAUAGAGAUCUUGUUGAAGAUGUUAUAUUUUGUAGAAGGUCUGAGCUUAACCGUUUGAACUUCCAAGGGUUCUACACAGUUCUUUUGGAGAAAAAUGAGGAGCUGGUUACUGUAGCUACUAUAAGGGUCUAUGGAGAAAAGGCCGCAGAAGUACCUCUUGUUGGUACUAGGUUCCAGCAUCGUCGACUUGGAAUGUGUCGUAUUUUGAUGAAUGAGCUUGAAAAGAAACUCAUGGAAUUAGGAGUCCAGAGGUUGAUUUUACCCGCCAUUCCUAGUGUGCUAAACACAUGGACAACAUCAUUUGGUUUUACAAAGAUGUCAAAUUCUGAAAGACUACAAUUUGUCGAUUACACUUUCUUGGAUUUCCAAGAUACUGUUAUGUGCCAAAAACUUUUAUUGAAGAGCACGUCAGCUGAAGUGAAGCUAUCAAGAGGAUCUCAACCUGAAAUUCAAAGUGGUGAUGAUGUUGAUCAUGCUGGGUACAGUCCUGUUUCUGAAGUGUUUCAAGCAGAACAAAUUGAAGAUAGCGGGAUUGUGGAACAAAGACUGGUGGAUGUUGCAGUAGAAAACGGCAAUAGUGGUAGUGAAGGCUGGAAUCUUCUUGUCACAAUGGUGAAACAGCCGACACAUCUAGAAUGCGAAUCACAACAUACACACAUGAGUCCACAGUGUUCAGUUGUGGAUGCCAAUUUUAAGCAAGAAACCUGGAAUAGAGGUGAUGGCAUUAGCGGCUAUAAGCGGAGGAAGAUGGCAGCAAGCUAA